UGUAAGUCAAAUUGGAAGGGAGCCGGUUUGUUUACAUUUUGGCACAAUGGUGACCAGCAAACUUGAGGAAUUGCAAGAUUUCUUCAAGAAUCACAACAAAGUCCGGGAGCAGAAGGCUCAUACGUCUAAAGUACAUUCCGUGGGAUGGAACUGCGAUGGGAGGAAACUUGCUUCGGGGUCCUUUGACAAAACCGUGGCUAUUUUUUCCCUCGACAGGGAACGUUUGAGCAAGGAUAUCACCUAUCGUGGCCACACGGGAUCUGUGGACCAGCUCUGUUGGCAUGCAGCCCUGCCGGAUCUCCUCAGUACGGCAAGUGGUGAUAAAACUGUCCGGAUCUGGGAUGUCCGUGCCGGAAAAUGCGCAACUAUCGUCAAUACGAAGGGAGAGAAUAUCAAUAUAACCUGGUCACCAGAUGGGAACACAAUUGCAGUUGGGAAUAAGGAGGACUUGGUGACUUUUAUCGAUACACGAACCCACAAAAUCCGCGCAGAGGAGCAAUUUGGUUUUGAGGUCAAUGAAAUCGCGUGGAACAAUCGCAGUGAUUUGUUCUUCCUGACAAAUGGUCAGGGAUGUGUUCACAUACUAAAUUACCCAAAUCUCGAGGUCAAGGACAUCCUAAAAGCUCACCCUGGGACGUGUAUUUGCAUUGAAUUUGAUCCCACGGGGAAGUAUUUUGCAACGGGAAGUGCAGAUGCUCUCGUGUCUCUCUGGGAUGCCGAGGAGCUUUCCUGCAUCCGUGUCUUCUCCCGGCUGGACUGGCCCGUCCGGACAAUCUCUUUCAGUCACGAUGGGCGACUCCUGGCGUCAGCUAGCGAGGAUCUUCUAAUAGACAUCGGCGAUACGGAAACUGGAGAGAAAGUUGCUGAUAUUUCUGUCGAUGCAGCCACAUUUACAGUAGCCUGGCAUCCCAAACAGUACCUCCUGGCCUUUGCCUGUGACGACAAGGACUCCUGCGAUCGCAGAAGAGAUGCCGGAAGCCUCAAAGUCUGGGGAUUCACUGAUUAAAAUGUUCUUUAUUUCUCAUUUAAAUAAAUUCGCUAAGCCCACUUAGA